AUGCCUGGUCUUCUGGACUGCCAGAAUGGAACCAACAUCGGAAUCACAAAUGAUAUCGGCGCAACGUUGACAUCGGAGGAGAUAGCCAAAUUUGAGUUUGGUUCCAAGUGCCUGCUGGCAGGCUGGAACUUUUAUGUAACCCUCAUUUGGCUUGCUACAAGACAGCAGAAGAUUGUCAAAUGGACAGCCGUAGCGACAGGAUUAGCCUAUGUUGGUGUCAUAGCUGUCAUUUGGGGGCACUGUACACCUGUUCAAAGGAACUGGCAGGUGGUCCCUUAUCCAGGAGACUUCCUCAUUGUAUCAAUACCACUACCACUCUUGUGGGCCGUCAAGCUCAGUAUCAAAAGAAAGCUUGCUAUUGGACUCCUGCUCUGCUCGGGCAUCUUCGUCAUGAUCGCCGCUUUGCUUCGCUGCAUCCUGUCGCUCAAGGACAUUGAAGGUAUCAAUGUCAGCACCAUCUGGGCAAUAAGAGAGACUUUUGUUGGAAUCAUCGCCGUGAACGCAGCCUGCAUCAGACCACUGUUUUCCUCCUCACAUUGGUUGAGGUCUACUAAGGGCAGCAGUGGAGCCAACCAGAAGUACCCCGGCUCAGGUGACAGAUACGGCCAUCAGUUAGUCACAAUAGGAGGUGGAGGGCAAAGUGUCGAUCGAUCUAGAUUGCCUUCAAAGAGACGGUACAACAAAUACAACAUGACGGAGCUGGACAACAACUCAAGCGAAGAGCAGAUUGUCAAAUCGUCCGACUCAGCCAGCUGGCCUCAAAAUGGAGGUCGCGACGGCAGUUUAAACAGCAAAUCUAGUGGGCAGCACGGGCAUGGUGGUAUUGUUGUGACAACUACGUAUGAGGUGAAGCCCGAAAACAAAGUCUGA